CGGAGCGGACGGUGCGCCCGGCGCUGCCCCGCACCGCGCUCGAGGGAGGGGCCGCUCCCAUGGAGGCAUUCCCGGGCACCAAGCUGGAGCAGCACCGGCACCUCCCGCCCGUGGAGUGCCUGCCGGGCGCCCGCUACGCCGGCCGGAGCCACAGCGCCUGCGGGAACGUCUUCAACUCCUGGAACGACUACCUGGGGCUGGCCACGCUCAUCACCAAGGCCGUCCGGCCCGGCAAGAGCUUCGGCGCCGAGCCCCCCUCGGUGGUGGUGGCGGCCGCCGUGCCGCCGGCCGAGGAGGAGGAGGAAGAGGAGGAGGAGGAGGAAGAGGCGGCGGGGCCGUACUUCGAAGGCGCGCUGGACUUGCACGACCUGGACCUGUGCGGGCAUCACCAUCACCACCACCACGGCGAGGGGCUGCUGGAGGAGCGCUUCGCCGACUUCAGCCCCUUUCCCGGGCGCGGCGGCCCCGCCGCCGUGGUGUUCGACUGCUCGGGAGAGCACCCGGGCCGGGAGGGCUCUGCCCACGCCUGGGGCGGUGUGGUGGUGGCGGGGCGGCUGCCGGCGCACCCGCGGGCCGCUUCCCGCCUGCUCAAGCCCGAGCUGCAGGUCUGCGUCUUCUGCCGGAACAACAAGGAGGCGGUGGCCCUCUACACCACGCACAUCCUCAAGGGACCCGACGGCCGCGUCCUGUGCCCGGUGCUACGGCGCUACACCUGCCCCCUCUGCGGCGCCAGCGGCGACAAUGCCCACACCAUCAAGUACUGUCCCCUCUCCAAAGUGCCGGCGGCCCGGCAGCUCCGGCACGCCCGGACCGCCCUGGGCAGGAAGGGCCGCUAGCGGCCGG